UGGGACGAACUGUCUGAUUUGGAGUGAUGUACAAGUGUAUAUAUACCUAUAUAUCAUUUGCCGGAUGCCUCAUGAUACGUUUUUGUUGGAAGACUAUAUAUCAUACAUUAUUUUAUUCAAUGCCCAGCAUCAUUACUUUUAUACAAAUGGGAUGGGAAAACUAUUGGUUGGAAGCUUAGGCUUAAUAAACUUGUUUGUGUUGCACAGAAAUACUGAAGACUUUUAAGUUAGUAUUGACCGCUGAUCUCAGGAACGCACUUUGAAAAAUACAGUUAGAGUAAUCUUAAAACUGUAUUAUAACUUAUAAGCAGAUCUGCAAGUUGACAUUUCGUUCACUCAUGAUCAAAUAUAGUAGAGGCAGCUGGGAUAUUAUCACGCCUGUGACUCGAGUAUGGGUACAAUUAUUCUGGAGUUGUACUGGAAACAUGCUCCAAACACAUGCAGAAAUUUUGCUGAACUGGCCAGAAGAGGAUAUUAUAAUGGGACCAAAUUCCACAGAAUAAUCGAGGACUUCAUGAUACAGGGUGGGGACCCAACUGGGACAGGAAGGGGAGGAGCAUCAAUAUAUGGGAAAGAAUUUGAUGAUGAGAUUGCAGAUGAUCUUAAACAUACAGGGGCCGGAAUCCUCUCUAUGGCUAACAGUGGACCUAACACAAAUGGAAGUCAGUUUUUCAUCACACUAGCUCCCACCCAGUGGCUUGAUGGUAAACACACCAUAUUUGGGCGGGUUUCAUCUGGUAUGCAAGUGGUGCAAAGGGUUGGAUUUUGUGAAACUGACCAAAAUGAUAAACCUGUGGACGAUAUAAAGAUCACUAAAGCAGUUGUGACUAACUCGUGACCAUUGCUCAUCCAUAUCCUUGUCAUCGUUUUUAUCAUCAAUAAAAUCAUUUUGUAACA